AUGAGUUGUAAACGUGAUUACGAGAGUGGCGCUUCCAAGAGAAAGAGAAAGAAACAGAAAGAAGAACAGUUAAAAAAAACUAAUAAAAGUGUUGAAAGUUACUUUCUGUCAUCAAAAAAAGUCAAUGAAAAGACGUUAGCAGAUGAAGCAGAAAGAGAAGACGAAAUACAACCCGAACCCAGCAGCAGUAAGUUGGAUUGCCAAAUUAUAAAUAUUCAGGAUGAGGAUGAAGUUAUGUUGGAACUGGAAACUGGUAAUAUUGAAGAUAAAAGUAAAGAAGACAGAAAAAUAGGUCCCAGUGCUGGUAAGUCAACUUACACAGUUCUUGAUAUUGAGAGGGAUCAUGACGCUGAGGUUAUAGCUUCAUUGUUAGGCAAAGAAAAUCCCACAGACAAAGGUCAUUUUGAGAAAAUCAAUUUAUCGACCACACUAAAAACAUUUAUAGUAAAAACAGGAAGUUGUCAGCCAAAAGGGCCAUUUCCAAAAGAUAGCAAAAACAGGUCUUUCUCUUCAUUUUACUAUAAUACAGAUCCAAAAGCAGGUCAACUUAAUUCUGUCAAAUGGCUGAACUACUCAACACUUCAAGGCUGUGCGUAUUGUUUGCCGUGUUGGUUAUUUUCAGACUUGGGCGAGACUAACCACGGAUGGGUUACUUGUUUGAAAGAAUGGCAAGGCUUAUCAAACAAAAUCAAAACUCACAGUACUUCAGAAAAUCACAUUCAUGCUUGUAAAGCUUUCCAUCGAUGGAAAUGUAGCAAACAAAUAAAUAAGUUGGUAGAUUCAGAACAACAAUCUCAAGAUCUGUUUUGGGCACAGGUCUUAGAAAGACUUUUUGAUAUUACCCUUACGUUGGCUAAAAAUUCACUAGCUUUUAGAGGUUCUCAAGAGCAUAACGGUAACUAUGAGGGAAACUUUUUAUCUUUAGUACAACUGUUGGCCAAGUAUGACACUGUUAUGGCACAGGUUGUAAGCAUGCCGAAGGGUCACACUAGAUACUUAAGUCAUGACAUACAAAAUCAAAUCAUUAACUGUAUGUCUUCAAAAUUGAAAGGAAAGCUCCUUGAAAACAUCAACAAAGCAAGGUUUUUUUCACUUAUUGUUGAUACAACACAAGAUCUUGGCAAGAAAGACCAGUUGAGCUUUGUGAUUCGUUAUACGAAUUUCCUUGAAGAGUUGAGGCAAGACGAAGAUGGUAAUUUUGAAGAAUAUAAGAAAUUAAGUAUUGAGGAAUCAUUUCUUGGUUUCUUCCAUGUAAAAGACGCAACUGCACUUGGACUUUCCACCCAAGUUGUUGACUGUUUACAAAACCUGGGCUUAGAUAUACACAAGUGCAGAGGACAAGGCUACGAUGGUGCGUCGGUUAUGAAAGGACCAUACACAGGUGUGCAGAAAAGACUUCAAUAA